GCAUAUCACGUAAUAAACAACUACAGAUUCAUUAGAAAGCGUGGAAUAAGCAUCUGGAAAUUGCAUGGAACUUUCUUCUUUCCCUAGGUUAUUUUUAUAUUUAUAUGUAUAUGCAUCUACAUCUAAUUUCACAUACUAAAUGCAAGUUACAAAAAAUCAAUAGUUAAUAGCAGUAAAAAAGAAACAGAAAGCACAACUGUUUUUUUUUUUUGAAAAGAAAUCCCUAAUGGAUAAACACACGUCCAAGUACAGUAAUACCAUAACGUUAUUAAACAAUGGAAGGGACAGUUCCCAGGGAAGACCUCAUAAGAGGUUGCAGUUGUUUUUCAGAGUAGUAUAUUUUUUGACUUCCAUCGGUAGAAACAGCAAUGGAAGGGACAGUUCCCAUGGAAAACCUCAUAAGAGGUUGCAAUUGGUUUUUAGAGCAGUAUAUUUUUUGACUUCCAUCGGUCGAAACACACUAGUCCUUUCCCGUUGGUUGCAUGAUCCGUCCUAUGUUAUCGAAAUUGGAAGCAUCCAUGAUCAUAAUGAUGAGAAACGUCAACCGUUUCAUGGCAUCGACAAAGAAGCACUGGCCAAGUUGGUUAGAGAGAAAGACUUGAAUAGCCUUCUGAUACACUUUGGAGGAGUGCAACGAGUCGUAGAAAUUCUUGAAUCAGACCAGGAAGCAGGUUUAACAGUAAUGCAUGAUGAGAAGGAACUAACACAAAGAAAGGAAACUUUCGGUACCAACAUUUACGACAGGCCAAAAACCAAGAGUUUCUUGAGUUUUAUGGCUGAAUCUUUCAAAGACACCGCCAUUAUCAUCCUUCUGGUAUGUUCUGUUUUGUCCCUUGGCUUUGGGAUUAAACGGUACGGUCCAAAGGAAGGGUGGUAUGCUGGCGGAAGUAUCAUCGUUGCAGUUGCUCUUGUCCUUGCAGUCUCUUCUAUCUGUAACUUCAAAAAAAGCAGACAGGUUCUCAAGCUUUCGGAAGAGAGCAAGGAUAUAAAAGUGACAGUAGUAAGAGACGAACGUAGACAGGAAGUAUCCAUCUUUGAUAUUGUUGUGGGUGAUAUUGUUUAUCUCAAAAUUGGCGAUAAGAUCCCAGCAGAUGGACUCUUCUUGGAUGGCCUCUCGUUGCAAGUAGAUGAGUCCAGCAUGACAGGUGAAAGUGACAACGUUCAAAUUAACGAGACACAAAACCCAUUUUUGGUCUGCGGAACAAAGGUGAUGGAUGGAUAUGGACAUAUGCUUGUUACAUCGGUAGGUAAAAACAAUGCAUGGGGUCAGAUAAUGUGCACAAUAACAGAUGACAAGAACAAUGAGCAAACGCCACUGAUGCAUCGGUUUAAUAAGCUUACCAAAUGGAUCGGGGACGCUGGUCUGUUAGUGGCUUUUCUUGUUCUAGUCACCUUAAUGAUCAGUUACUUCAUGGGACAUACUGAAAAUGACAACGGACAGAAGGAGUUCAUAGGUAGCAAAACCAAAGCAGAUGAUAUAAUGAAUUCCUUGGUUGAUAUAAUCGCAGCAGCAGUAACUGUCAUGGUGGUUGCAAUACCAGAAGGUUUGCCAUUGGCUGUCACUCUAAGAAAAAUGAUGCUGGAUCGUGCAAUGGUCCGCAAGCUAUCUGCCUGUGAGACUAUGGGCUCAGCAACCACAAUCUGCACAGACAAAACUGGCAUUCUCACCUUAAAUCAGAUGCAGGUAACCGAAUUUCUGUUGGGAACAGAAAUGAUUACGAUGACAUCACAAAUAGCACCUGAAGUUCUUGAAUUGCUACAAGAGGCUGCUGGCUUGAAUACUACUGGUGAUGUUUAUACAACACCUUUUGGUCCUCCAGAGAUCUGUGGAUGCCCAACUGAGAAAGCAAUUCUAUCAUGGGCCAUGACCAGUUUACUAGGGAACUCUAAUAGAAUAAAGCAAGAGUAUCGAAUCCUCGAUGUCAAAGUUUUCAAUUCACAAAAGAAGAGAAGUGGGGUACUGGUAACAAAAAAUAGUACCGGAAAAUUUCAUACACAUUGGAAAGGUGCUGCUGAGAUGAUUCUAGCUAUGUGCUCCAGCUAUUACGUCAAAAGUGGAAAAAUUGCACCUAUAAAUCAAGAAGAAAGAAAAGAACUUGAACUGAAAAUUAAAUAUAUGGCAAGCAAGAGCUUGCGAUGUAUUGCAUUUGCUUACAAAGAAAGCAAUGCAAAAACUCAAAAUCUUGAAGAAACUGAACUAACCUUGCUGGGUCUGGUGGGUCUAAAGGACCCAUGUAGGCCAGGUGUUAAAGAGGCAGUAGAAUCUUGCAGGGAUGCUGGUGUUGGCAUCAAAAUGAUUACUGGAGACAAUGUGUUUACAGCCAAAUCAAUAGCUUUUGAAUGUGGAAUACUCCAACCAGGUGAAGACUUGAACAUUGCAGUUAUUGAAGGACCAGCAUUCAGGAAUUAUUCAAAAGAAGAGAGAAUGAAGAUUGUCGAAAAAAUAAGAGUGAUGGCAAGGUCUUCACCGUUUGACAAGCUAUUGUUGGUGAAAUGUUUGAAGCAGAAGGGCCAUGUUGUAGCAGUAACAGGCGAUGGAACAAAUGAUGCUCCAGCACUAAAAGCAGCAGAUGUUGGACUUUCCAUGGGUAUCCAUGGAACAGAAGUGGCAAAGGAGAGCUCCGAUGUAGUUAUCUUGGACGACAGUUUCAAAACCGUGGUCACAGUGUUGAAGUGGGGUAGGUACUUGUAUCAUAACAUUCAAAAGUUUCUUCAGUUUCAACUCACAGUAAAUGUUGCUGCCAUUGUUUUCAACUUUGUUGCUGCUGCUGCAUCCGGAGAAGUCCCUCUGACAGCUGUCCAGCUUCUGUGGGUGAAUCUUACAAUGAAUACUCUUGGGGCCUUAGCUUUGGCAACUGAGCCACCCAGUAAUGAUCUAAUGAACAAGAAACCAAUUGGACUAACUGAACCUCUGUUAACUCGGUCGAUGUGGAGGGAUCUCCUUGCUCAAGCCUUCUAUCAGAUAACACUGCUAUUGAUCCUGGAGUUCAAAGGAGGUGCCAUAUUUCAUGUGGAUAACAAGGUAAAAGACACCUUGAUGUUCAAUACUUUCGUCCUCUGUCAAGUCUUCAACGAGUUCAACGCAAGGAAUUUGGAUAAGAAGAACAUAUUCCAUGGAAUACUUAAGAACAGACUGUUUGUUGGGAUAGUGGGAUUGACAAUACUACUGCAGGUACUUAUGGCUGACUUCCUGAGGGGAUUUGCUAAUACUGAAAGGCUUAACUUGAUACAGUGGGCUGCAUGCAUAGGGGUUUCAUCAUUGUCAUGGCCUAUCGGUUGGAUUACAAAGUGCAUUCCCGUAUUCAACAAAUAAAAAUUUCGACCAUUAAAGCUGCAGCAAAAGACACUAGAAUAUUCAAGUAGUUAAUAUGAGAUAUAUACAACACAAACACAUCAUUUUUUCAAAUGUGGCAGUACAAAAAAGGAAUUAGGAAUCAUAUGGCAAUGGAUUUAAAAGGGAAAAAGAGAAACAAUAAGCUGCUCAAGCCUGCAUUUGCGAUAGCGUACAGCAUUGAUCCAUCCAUCAGUUGUUUAUAUUCAAAGACUCUGAGUACUCUCCAAAUGGUAUGAAAGUGCUCUCUAUGGCUAGGUUGCACUAUAUACUCUGCUGCUAGCCAGUGUAAAACUUCUCUGACGUCAUUAGCCUGAAGUGUGUGUAAAUAAAGUCUGGCUCUUCUGAGGAGAAAGAAGAGAUUCAACUAUUUACUAUUCGGUUGAACUACAUAUUUAAGAUUGAUAUCUUGAUAUUUUCAUAUUAUAUAUGUGCGUUUUAGCUUCGGACUAACUAGUAAAGUUGAUGUUAGGUCGCCUAUUCAUAGUAAAGUUGAUGUUAGGUCACCUAUUCAAGGUAGGACUGAGUACAAUAAAUCACUGUGUGGUUCGAUCGGCCCUUCCCCGGACCCUGCACAUAGCAGGAGCUUUAAUAUACCAGACUCCCUUUGUAUGUGCAAUUUGAAUUUUAACUUAGAUAUUGGAUCCUAAGUUAGAUUUGACAAUUUUCAAUUGCAAAUUCGUAUAUUGAAAGUGCGAAAAUUUUAUA